GACGAGAGGACCGGCAGACUAAACAGUCAGAUCUGUGAGAGCAAGAGGGGGGGGAGAGAGUGAAGAGGCAUUUUAAUAAAGGAGAGGACAACGACCAGGACUGAAGGCGAGCUGAGAACAGAGAGCUGAGAGGAGGACGGGGAGAAGCAGACUAUCAAAAGGAUGUGAAAAAAAAAGUGUGUGCAGGAUUUAUGACUCAUUCAGAGACUGAAGAAAAAGUUUGAUGGAGGAGAGAAACACACUGGAUUGCUCGACUCCGGCACAUCCGUGCACUUUCCCACACAUCUAAACUGCAGCUGUGCUGAAAUCGCUACGCAAGGAAUACUGACGCCAUAAUGACCCUCUUCUCCUCGGCCUCUUCCUUCCCCUUUACUCUUUCAGCCUCUGCAUCGUCUAACUCCUCUCUUCCGACUUCUAUGUCAUCCUUCUUCUCUGCCACCUCUCUCUCCCCUUCCUUGUCCCCUUCCUCCAACACUUCCCUAAACCAGACUGGAUGUUCGUUUGAUGACACCGCCCUCCGUCUGCCCCUGGCAGUCCUUUACUCCCUGUUCUUCCUCUUUGGGCUCGUGGGGAACCUCUUCGCCCUGUGGGUCUUCCUCUUCCUGCAUUCAAGCCGCAACUCUGUACGGGUGUUCCUCAUCAACUGUGCCGUGGCUGAUCUGGUCCUGCUGGCGUGCCUGCCCUUCAGAGUGUUCUACCAUGUUAACGGAAACAAGUGGGAACUGGGAUCUGUGGCGUGCAAAGUUGUGGGGAAUCUGUUUUACAUGAACAUGUACAUCAGUAUUACUUUACUGGGGCUCAUCAGCCUGGACAGAUACCUGCGGUUGAAGGGGAAAGGCAAGGCACGGAGAGGCAUGACGAUGAUUCUGUGGGGACGCAGCCGGCCGUGGAGCUGGGUGGCAUGCGGGGCUCUGUGGGGUCUGUCGCUGAUGGCGUUGGUGCCAAUGAUCGCCACCGCAGAGGACAAAGAGUUCAACGGCAAGUGCUUCCAAUACAAGCAGCGCAGCAGCAAAGCCAAAGGGAAAGCCUACUUCAACGCCGCGCUUGUGUUGUUGUUCUGGCUCGUCUUCGUCAUGCUGGUUGUCUCCUAUGCCAAGAUUGCGUCCCAGCUGCUGCGGGUGUCACGGGACAAACCGGACCUUCCCAAUGCACAGAGAUACCAGAGAACUGCCAAGAAGUCCUUCUUCGUCCUCUUUCUGUUCACCGUCUGUUUCGCACCCUACCACGCCUUCCGCCCCGUCUACAUCCUCUCCCAGCUCAGCGAAACGGCAUCUUGUGACUACUUGCAACUGGUGGACCGCACCAACGAGGUGAUGCUUCUGUUCUCCGCCUUCAAUAGCUGCCUGGAUCCUGUCAUGUACUUUCUGUUAUCUGGCUCUGUUCGCAAAACCGCCCUCCAAGCACUUGGACACCGACUUGGCCACCGUUUUCUCUUCCUAAACGACGCGACAUCUAACAGCUCGACCACCGAGUUCAGACGGCCAUCUGUGCCUAUGGCUUUCCCGAACGCUGAACUGAACACCCCCUCAGUCACCCCUAGAACGAGUAUCUGUAUCAUCAACUCCACCCUCCGCCACACAGGACUGACUACGCUUUCAACUACCGGCCAACAGUGAUGACAAAUCUGACUGCAACAAAGCCUGAACACCCGAGAAAUAAAUAUCUGACAUAGCUAACACAGGCCGGACUGCUGAGCUUAUUCUGUACAAAACUGAGCAUUUCUACACGUUCUUACUUCUUUUGUUGAAAGAAAAAUAAAUAUGUUUUUUACUCCUGA